AGAGCAUUCUCCUUAGCAACUGCGGGACCGCGGCGGCGCUUGCCUCCCGGGAGACAAGCUAGUGACAACUGAGCUGAUCAAGGCCAGAAGAACUCUGAGCUGAGCAGUGGAGGCCCUCCUGGAUCUAGAGAGAAGAGGUGACCUUGGAACCAGUAAUGAGCCAUCCUGACUACCGGCUGAACCUCCGGCCCCUGGGGACCCCCAGAGGCGCGUCCUCUUUGGCUGGCCCAUGUGGUGUUGGUGCUUCACCAGGUGACAAAAAGUCAAAGAGCAAGACCGUACGAGGGAAGAAAAAAAGCAUAUUUGAAACCUACUUGUCCAAGGAGGAUGUUUCAGAAGGCUUGAAGAGAGGAACACUUAUUCAGGGUGUUUUGAGAAUUAAUCCGAAGAAGUUUCAUGAAGCCUUCAUUCCUUCCCCGGAUGGUGAUCGAGACAUUUUUAUUGAUGGGGUUGUUGCUCGUAAUAGAGCCUUGAACGGGGAUCUGGUGGUUGUGAAUCUGCUUCCAGAGGAACAGUGGAAGGUAAUUAAACCGGAGAGCAAUGAUAAAGAAACAGAAGGUGCCUAUGAAUCAGAUCUCCCUGAGGAGCUCUGUGGAAGCCAUCCCCUGCAACAGUCCCUGAAAGACUAUAAUGACAGUCCUGAUGUCAUUAUAGAGGCUCAGUUUGAUGACAGCGACUCAGAAGAUGGACAUGGCAACACGCAGAAUGCUCUGGUUGAUGGUGUUAAGAAGCUCUCAGUUUGUGUUCAUGAACAAGGAAAAGAGGAUGCUGGUGCACCAGUUACAAAAGACGAGAACACCUUCAUGUCACAGGACACAAGAGCUUUACCAGAGAAGUCGCUGCAGAGAUCAGCAAAGGUGGUUUACAUCUUGGAAAAAAAACAUUCCCGUGCAGCGACUGGCUUCCUCAAACUCUUGGCCGAUAAGAACAGUGAACUGUUUAGGAAGUAUGCCCUGUUUUCUCCCUCGGACCACCGGGUGCCCAGAGUUUAUGUACCUCUCAAGGACUGUCCUCAGGACUUUGUGACCCGGCCUAAAGAUUAUGCCAACACGCUGUUCAUCUGCCGCAUUGUGGACUGGAGGGAAGACAGCAACUUUGCCCUGGGGCAGCUGGCUAAGAGUCUUGGGCAGGCUGGUGAAAUAGAGCCUGAAACAGAAGGGAUACUAACAGAGUAUGGAGUGGAUUUCUCUGAUUUCUCUUCAGAAGUUUUAGAAUGUCUCCCUCAAGGCCUGCCUUGGACAAUUCCACCAGAGGAAUUCAGCAAGAGAAGAGAUUUAAGAAAAGACUGUGUCUUCACCAUCGACCCAUCAACUGCCCGAGACCUCGACGACGCCCUCUCCUGCAAGCCCAUCGCUGACGGCAACUUUGAAGUGGGAGUUCACAUCGCUGACGUCAGUUACUUUGUUCCUGAGGGAUCCAGUCUGGAUAAAGUGGCUGCUGAGAGAGCUACAAGUGUCUACUUGGUUCAGAAGGUUGUCCCCAUGCUUCCCAGGCUGCUGUGUGAGGAACUGUGCAGCCUCAACCCCAUGACCGACAAGCUGACCUUCUCUGUGAUCUGGACGCUAACUCCGAAGGGCAAGAUCCUCAGUGAAUGGUUUGGCCAGACUAUCAUCCGCUCCUGCACCAAACUGAGCUACGAACACGCACAGAGCAUGAUUGAAGGCCCGACUAGGAAAAUCCCCGAGAAGGAGCUGCCCCCCGUCUCCCCGGAGCACACCAGCGAGGAGGUGCACCGGGCUGUUUUGAACCUCCACAGUAUCGCAAAGGAAUUACGCAAACAGCGGUUUGUGGACGGCGCACUUCGUUUGGAUCAGCUAAAGCUUGCUUUUACUCUGGACCACGAGACAGGAUUGCCUCAAGGAUGUCACAUCUACGAGUACCGUGACAGCAACAAGCUCGUGGAAGAGUUCAUGCUCUUGGCCAACAUGGCUGUGGCCCGCAAGAUCCACCGCACCUUCCCCGAGCGAGCCCUGCUCCGGCGGCACCCCCCACCCCAGACCAAGAUGCUCAAUGACCUGGUGGAAUUCUGUGACCAGAUGGGGCUGCCCAUGGACUUCAGCUCUGCAGGGGCCCUCAAUAAAAGUCUGAUGGAGACAUUUGGAGAUGACAAGUACUCACUGGCCCGGAAGGAGGUGCUCACCAACAUGUGCUCCCGGCCCAUGCAGCCUCUGGAAGCCAUCCACCUGCAAGGCCAACCCAGCCCUGGAGCUCCAAGGAAAGGAGUCCUCUCCUGAGUCACCCAGAGCCUGAAAAAGACCGGACUUCUCCUGGCCUUGCCUGCCGGUGACCUCAGAGGCCAGCCUUUGCCUGGGGAUCUGAUGUCAGGGAGUGACCAGAGUGACUGUGGCGCCUGGUUUCCUGUCUGUGUCCCAGUGCUGGGUCCUCACCCAUCCCACACUGCCCAGGGGCGCCUUCGCCACCCAGGAGGGGAGCCGGGGCCCUCUGCCCUCCUCACCCCAGCUCGUCUGGGGAACUGGCCCACUUCUGAGAACAAGGUCCAAACGUGGCUCACAGUGGAGGCUGCUCCCUCCCUCAGUGACUUACCCGAGAUGUAACCCAGGGCCCAGCGAGAGCUGGAAGGGAAGCAGAGUUGGGUAGCCGAGCAGGGCACCACCAGCUGCGUCCUGGAUUCCAAGGCCGUCAUACACAGAGUAACCGGAGCCGGCUGUCCAUUUGCACGAACACACGGGAGGGUGUGAGGGUGAGCAAGCAGCAAGGGAGGGAGCGAGCGAACACACGAGGGUGUGACUUUGGCCCGGGCCGAGGAACCUGGUCACUUGCUCCCAGGCAGCCGCGGGUCCUGGAUUCCCAGCCCUGAGAACUCAGGGAGCCCAGGGCAAGCGGCUUCAGGGCCCGUGGCCAAGGCCCUCAGCACAGCUGCACCGCGCGGGCCAGGCUGUUUGCUGGGCCCCUAGAGAAACUCAGCGUCUCUCCUUGGGCCACAGUCCUAACUCCUGCCCUACAGGAGGGCCUUUUGAACUCAGAGCUCUGGGUCUCUGUCUCAGGACAGGUUGUCAGGGACAAGAAGGGCUGAGGCUGGGAGAAUGGCCAACUGCUGCCUCCCUUGGCUGGUGAGAGGCGGAGUAUUGGGGGCACAGACGUGCUGGGGUGCAGGCGUGGCCGUCAGCAGGGCAGGGAUCAGAACUAGAGGGCAGGAGGUCGGCUAAGACCCAAGGCUGGACCAGGGCCGGAGAGGAGGAGCCAGGCGCCCGUUUGCUCCGGGUGGAGGGCAUCCUGGACCUUCUCUCCUGCCUCCCGUUCUGGCCACAUGGUGGUGCUGGGCUUUGUGUCCUGGCGAAGUCCUGCAGCCCCUGGUCCGGCAUGGCCAUGGGCUUUCUCUCCUGCUCCCAUUUCAGUGUAGCUCUCCCAGCCCUGUCCUGGGGAGGGGGCAAACCUGAAACAAUCCCUUCCUCCUGAUUCCUGGCAGUAAUGGCCCUUAAAACUCAGCAGUGGGCUUCCCUGGUGGCGCAGUGGUUGAGAAUCCGCCUGCCAAUGCAGGGGACACGGGUUCGAGCCCUGGUCUGGGAAGAUCCCACAUGCCGCGGAGCAACUGGGCCCGUGAGCCACAACUGCUGAGCCUGAGCGUCUGGAGCCUCUGCUCCGCAACAAGAGAGGCCGCGAUAGUGAGAGGCCCACGCACCGCGAUGAAGAGUGGCCCCCACUCGCCGCAACUGGAGAAAGCCCUCACACAGAAACGAAGACCCAACACAGCCAAAAAUAAAAAUAAUAAAUAAAUAAUAAAUAAAUAAUUAAAAAAAAAAAAAAAAAAAACUCAGCAGUGACCGGCUGUGGAGGAGGAUGAGUUCCAGCUCCUCCCCAGCUGUCCUCUGACUUCAGCACAGGGUCUCCCCUCCCCUCCCCUCCCCGAGGGCUUGGGUGGCAGGUCCCCCAGGGCUCUGAGGGAGGAGACCCUUCAGCAUCUUAAGGGUUCCCAGCAAGAAACACACAGCCUCUCCCCCCGGCCCACUCCACUUCCGGUCAUUGGCAGAGGGGCGCUGGGCAAGACCUGCCCUUGCCUUCAGCAGGAGAGGGGCAAGGGCACCCAUGGUUCUGCCCAGUCUCAUGGCAGCCCCAAGGGUCCCCUCACACAGAACAGCCCCUGACGUCCUCAGGCCUGCCCAGCUUUGCUCAGCUGCCCGCAGCCUGGCAGGUGGGUCCACGCCCCCAAGACUGCCCCUCAUGAGGCUCUGAGUCUCCCAGGCUCGCAGAGCACACCCAGCCCGCACCCAGCCUGGCCAGGCUCUGAGGUCCGCCCCAC